AUGACGAAGAGACCGGACAGAGUGGUUCUCUUGCUCGUUCUGCUCAUCAUCUUUGGAGGCGCCGCGACCGGUCUCACAUUUGCACCAUGUUAUGCGACGCUUUGCCCGGAAGACUUCUUCUCUUUCGAAUCGAGGAUCCAUGUUGCGAUAUUCUACGGCAUGCUCGGCGCCGUCAUCUUGCUUCUUCUACUGGGCUCGUCAUUUCGAGCCGUGGAGAGAAGUGGCAACCUCACUCUGAUCUCUUCUCUGCCGCUCAUCCACAAAAGAGUUACUCUCGGUGGACUCACCGUUGUCGUUUGGAUUGCCUGCGCUACAAUGGCGACCACCGCAAUGUGGCUGCCCGCGCACUGGCGAUACUGGGGAGAGCGUACGGAUCCGCUCAACUGGAUGUCGGCCAAGAUCGCCCUCACCGUCACGGGAGUCACUGGUCAUUACGCCGACAUACUUCUUGGGCUGUCCAUCGUCCCGGUCUCGAGAAACAGUCUCCUCGGCCAUGCCUUUGGAGUUCAUCAGAGCACGCUGCUGUAUGCGCACAAGCUCGCCACGUACAUGUGCACCCUUGCAGUCCUCGCCCACGGUGUAGGCUACGGUAUCUUCGCCUUGAACCCUAGCAAAGACGAAGAUGAAGCAAAGCUGCAACUGUUCAGCAACGGCAACCCGACAAUGACCGAGCUCGAGAGUCACAAACGGAGCGCAUGGUACGGGACAGUGACAUACACGGGCGUGGGCACCUUCGUCUGCAUGCUCAUGAUCGUCGUCACCGCGCUGCCCAGAUUCCGGCGGCUACACUAUAACACCUUCUACAACGCCCACAUCGUCUGCAGCGUCGUCACGUUCGUCGGCGCGAGCAUCCACGCCAGCUCAGACUUUUACCUCCUGCUCCCAGGGCUCUCCCUCUGGGUGGCCGACUGGGCCUGGCGGCUCUUCCGCGGAGAGGGCGGCUCGCUGCGCACGCAAGCUGCCGUCUUGGAAAACGCCGGCAGCGGGUGGUACCGCGUCUCGCUCGGGGCGAGGGCCAAGUUCGAGCUCGACUCGGCGUCGGAAGCGGAGAGCUCCGCGCCGGCGGAGGGGUGGCCGCUGGCUCUGUACUAUCUCAGCAUACCGUCCGUCAGCAGGCUCCAGAGCCACGCAUUCACGGCCGCGGUGUCGAGCACCUCACAGUCCGGGCCGGUGUUCUUGUUCCGACGGUCGCAGGGUAAGAAGUCGCAGAAGGCAUUGGAAAAGGAGUGGACCUGGGCGGUGGGCUCUUUGGUAGGCAGUGCCGGGCUCCAGCGGCAGCUCGGUGUUCGGAUCGAGGGGCCGUAUCAGCCUACGGACACGGGUCUUGCCCUCUGGUGGCUGAAGACGAGGAGCAUGGCGGGAGAUACCAAGUUCAGUCUCGUGUGGACCGUCCGCGAGCGCGAGUCUGUCAAUGUUCAAGAAUGGUUUGACCUCGUGAAGACGGCGGAGUCUCGGACGAACAUAACGGUCUCGGCGCAUGUCAGCGCGGAGAUGGGACGGCUGGAUCCGCUGGCGUUCAUCCGCCAGAGUCUUGGCCUUGGCCUGGGCAUGGUGACGGACGGACGUGAGAAGGGGGCAGUGUCUACCGGGACAGCUUGGGUGUACAGCUCUGGGCCUGGAGGCCUCCUCCAGGCUACUCAAAAGGCGUGCCAAGCUACAGACAAGGAUGUUCGUAGAUUGGUCAGAGAUCAGGCUCCUGUUUCAGUGAGAGACAUCAGUUGGUACAUUGCCAAGUGGGAGGUUUAG